AUGGACAAAUUCGAAAAGCCCAGAGACCACAACGCCUUCCACAUCCCGCGGAUGCACCGCGCUCAGGGCUCCUCGUCCUCCGAGCCGGCCUCGGACGAAGUGACCUUCACGCACCGCGAACAUGAAGGCCGCAACGCGCGCAGCAUGGAUCCCAACCCGCAGGUCCCGUACCCGUACCACCAAGAGCACGGACCGCCGAUUGACAACUACGAGAAAAACCAAGAGGCCGAGGAAGACUACCAGCACCACAAGAACCUGUGGUGGAGUCGGGUGCGGCAUCACUUGCGCGACCCGUUCGCCGAGUUCAUGGGCACGUUCAUCAUGAUCCUGUUCGGCGACGGCAGCGUCGCCCAGGUGACGCUGAGUGCGAAUCCGAAUCUGCCGCCCAGCAGCCAGAAUAAGGGCGAGUACCAGAGUAUUUCUUGGGGAUGGGGCAUCGGCGUCAUGCUCGGCGUGUACGUCGCCGGCUGUGCGGGCGGCCACCUCAACCCGGCCAUCACCUUCGUCAACUGCAUGUUCCGCAAGUUCCCGUGGUGGAAGUUCCCCAUCUACGCGUGCGCCCAGGUCAUGGGCUGCUUCUGCGGCGCGGCCGUCAUCUACGGCAACUACAAGUCGGCCAUUGACGCGUACGAGGGCGGCGCCGGCGUGCGCACGGUGCCCGGCUACUCCGACACCGCCACGGCGGGCGUUUUCAACACGUAUCCGCAGCCCUUCUUGACCAAGACGGGCCAGGUCUUCUCCGAGAUCAUCGCGAGCGCCGUGCUCGUCUUUGUCAUUUUUGCGCUGAAGGACGAUGCGAAUCUCGGGGCCGGGAACAUGGUUCCGCUGGGCUUGUUCUUCUUGAUCUUCGGCAUCGGCGCCACGCUCGGCUGGGAGACCGGCUAUGCGAUCAAUCUGGCCCGAGACUUUGGACCCAGGCUGUUCACUUAUUUCGUGGGGUACGGGCACGAGGUGUGGAGUGCCGGCGGCUAUUAUUUCUGGGUUCCGAUGAUAUGCCCCUUUAUUGGCUGCACGUUCGGCGGCUUCCUGUACGACCUGCUGAUUUACACCGGAGAAUCGCCCAUCAAUACGCCGUGGAUUGGCAUGAAGCGCGUUGUCCGUCCGACCCGCCAGGGCAUCAAAGAAGCCAUCACUGGCAGGCCAGCAAAGGAGGUCUAA